AUGAAAAAGAGAAUCAAAAACCAGCAGCUCGUCAUGGAGGAAGAAAAGGAAGUCUCCCCCGUCUGGUUCGCCAUCGCCGUCACCAUGGCCGUCUUCUUUCUCUUCAACGUCCUCAUGGCCAUCAUCUGGGUCCUCCUCCCCGACGACCUCUGCUUCCCUCCCUUUUCUGCCCACCAAGCCGCCCUCCGCGCCGCUCGUUACCACAACCGUCCCCAGGCAUACGCGUACACCGCGCAGAGCUACUACAGUCUUCGAUCCGUCUACGUCGACGGCUCGCGCUCUCGCCAGGUCACCGUGUUCAACGGCUAUGUCGAGACGGAUGAGGACUUUGAUGCCUGGGCGUACUGGGCCACCGACUCUGAGGAGACGCUUGGAAACUCUGCCUUUGGUCGCCUUCAGUCCCAGUCUCAGUCUCUCCGAUCCGGUCAGACGCAGGGCCAGUUCCAGUACUACCGCCAGCACGACCUUCACAGUAACGCAGGCACAGCCGUCACCGGCUCUGCUGCUUCUUCUACCCGCGGACUCGGCUACCAUCGCAACGAGCGUGCUCAGCUGCCCUCUCCAGCCAGUACCCUCACCGGUGCGCGAGGCCACGCGGCGAGGCUCGCCCUCGGCAUAAGGCCCGAGUACAAUCCCGAGCCGCGCAUGGAGGCAUCUCCUGACGGAGCUCCUCCUCGCUACUCGCAGCUCCCGAGGGAGGUCCACUGCAGCCUGCACCCACGCGUGUAUCCGUACCCGCAGACGCCGCCUCCCGUGCGCACUUGGGGUCAUGGAAGCGCCGCAACGAUUCGUCCGGUGGUUGAGAAUCAUCGUCGUGAGACUGGUGCUUCGCAGGACAAGGUCUACGUCAAGCCAAAGGCUGAGUCCAUUGGAGAGAGCGACUCUGAUUAA